AUGAAGUUUGAAAGUCAAGAAAUAGCUAAUGCAAAUCCUUUUAGUAUCAUAGAUUUGAGAUUAUUCAAUUUCAUAGCUCAUAUACUUUUACAACAACUUUCAUCAUCAACACCUGUACGAAUUAAACAAAGCAUUGAAGUGAUUGCGGUCACUUUAAGUCAUCCAUACACACUGCAUGGUUUGUCAAGGCCUGUGACUGGUCCACCACUUACACUCAAUGUUCAAUGA